AGGCAUGGUGACAAAACAGCUCUUCAAUAGCACACGAACAGUGCAGCUGGAGGGCUGCAGCCAUGAGCUUUCACAUUGGGCUGGACGAUGAAAACGACGUUUUCCCCUGACCGUUUCUGAAGAGCAGUGCUCAAGAAAUUUCCUCUCAGGAAGCUGUAUAAAUAGGUGGAGAGCAAGUGCAUCGCAGCUCCUGAGCUCCAGAGAGAACUGGAGCACCUGUUCUGCAGAGCUGCACCCCUCAUCAUGCAGUUCUGCUUCCAAAAAGGGGCUGCUUUCUCUUAAAAAAAAAAAGAAUCUUCUAAAGGUAUUCUUGUGGAAAAAAGUCUUGGUACUGCUGAAGCAGAAAGAAGAAACAGUCUUCUCCCUGUUAGGAGUGCUAGGAAGAGCACAGGACCCCAGAGGGGGACAAUCCUCAUUGCUGAAGGAACAGCACAGGAAAUGUGUGUAAUGCUAACAACUGAGAGAAACAUGCUUCGUAUCAGCAACAAUUAAAACUGAUGGGCAACAUCAUUGGAACCAUGGGGUGCAGCAGUUCUGUAACUGACAGGAGGUCAGAGAAAGUCAUUAGAGCUGCUAUCCUCAUCCAGAAUUGGUACCGCUUUACAAUGGCCCGACUAGAGAUGAGACGCCGCUAUUCUCUGAGUAUCUUUCAGUCAAUCGAAUAUGCUGAUGAGCAAGAUCAACUACAGCUAUCCAACUUUUUUACAUUCAUGCUGGAUCACUGUACUCAUCCUGAUUCAGUUUCUCACAUUUUCACUGGCCCUAGUGUUUCUCAGGUGGUGGAUGAAGGCUUAUAUUUAACAGAAUUUGAAAAGAAGAUCGAUGUUCCAGACUCCUAUUAUGGACCACGACUCUCAUUCCCCCUUACUGUUGAGGAUGCCAAUGCUCUCCUUCAUGCUUUCAGGAAUGAACAGCUGCUUCAUGCCCGCUAUGUACUGCAGCUACUAUCUGAAACUAGGAAGGUUCUCAAAGAGAUGCCAAAUAUCACGCAUCUGUCAACUUCCUACUCCAAGGAGAUAACUGUCUGUGGAGAUUUGCAUGGAAACCUGGAUGAUCUUUUGCUGAUAUUCUAUAAGAACGGUCUGCCUUCAGAACAAAACCGUUAUGUCUUCAAUGGUGAUUUUGUUGACAGAGGGAAAAAUUCUAUGGAAAUACUUAUAAUCCUGUUUGCAUUUCUUCUUAUCUACCCCAAUGAUUUACACUUGAAUAGAGGAAACCACGAAGACUACAUCAUGAACCUGAGAUAUGGCUUCACAAAAGAAGUUUCAAAGAAGUACAAGGACCAUGGGAAACAGAUUUUGUAUCUUCUGCGAGAUGUCUUUAGCUGGCUUCCUCUCGCCACUAUAAUUGAUAGCAAAGUUCUUAUUCUACACGGAGGGAUUUCAGACACCACAGAUUUGGAUUUCCUGAAUGCACUUGAGAGAAGUAAGUUGAAAUCUUUGAUGAGGCCACCAAAGUCAGUGAGAGACAGACAGGACCAAGUGAAGGAGAGAAUUCCCACAACCAGACCAAGUAAAUACAUUGCCGACCACGGUGUUGGAGGGAAAACACACCACAUCUCUUCAUCGGGUUCCACUGAGCCUUCAGGCUCGAAUUUGGCUCCAGACCCUGCCUUGAAGGAAUGGAAACAAAUCCUUGAUAUUCUCUGGAGUGAUCCAAGAAGCCAAAAUGGCUGUACACCAAACAAGCGUCGAGGAGGUGGUUGUUACUUUGGUCCUGAUGUCACUGCCAAGCUGUUUGAAAGGUAUAAUCUGAAGAUGCUCAUCAGGUCUCAUGAAUUUAAGCCAGAAGGUUAUGAGAUCAGUCAUGAUGGGAAGGUUAUCACUAUAUUUUCUGCCUCUAACUAUUACGAAGAGGGGAGCAACCGGGGAGCAUACAUCAAACUGAAUCCUGAACUGAUUCCUCGGUUUGUCCAGUAUCGAGUCAGCAAGUACACACGCAGGCAGAAUCUUCGGGAGAGGGUGGGUACAAUUGAAUCAUCUGCCUUAAAGUCCUUACGAGAGAAGAUUUAUGCUCACAGGUCUGAACUCACCACUGCUUUUGCACAGUAUGACCUCAAUGGCACAGGCAAGAUUUCUGUCAAUGACUGGGCUGCAGCCAUGGAGUCUGUCCUACAGCUGGAACUGCCCUGGAGGAUGCUGCGGUCUCAGUUAGCACAGAUGAACGCAGAUGGAGAAGUUGACUUCAUGUCAUGUUUUUACGAUUUGAAAAUAGGUCAACCUGUAAAAGAGGUUCAGCCAGCUUUGGUGGAAACACUGUGCAGGUACAGAAAGGAUCUGGAGAUCAUCUUUAACAUCAUUGACAAAGAUCACUCAGGGCUGAUUUCUCUGGAGGAGUUCAGCCAGACAUGGAAACUCUUCACUUCUCACCUGGGCAUCGAUGUAUACGAUGAAUCCCUCGACAAGUUAGUCCUCAGAAUAGACUACAACAAAGAUGGCCACAUUGACUUCAAUGAAUUUUUAGAGGCCUUUCAUGUGGUCCAUAGGCUGGAGAAAAAGGCACACUCCUGAAAAGGCAGAAGUUCUUGUGGGCUGCCUUGGAAGCUCACCUUCCCCUCAUUACUCACAAGCAGUCUGGGAAAUCAGUUUCCACAUUGACAAUAAACAGGCUGCUCAAGGUGGUAAGCAUUGUGGUCACUGUGUAAGCAUUUAUUUAGUCCCUUCUGGACAAUACAUACCUGCUAGUAAUGUGACAGAAGAGAUGAAAACCCACUACCUGUAGUAUGACACUGUCAGUACCGCAUCAGUACCUUACAAUUCAUCCUCACCCUUGGUGGCAUCUCCCCUAUCCAUCUAAUCUGCGAGCACUGCCAAGGCAGUGCCUGUGACACCGUGGGAAGAGAAACUGUGGUGCGCUUCUUUCAGGAGACCCUAGCAACAGCUGAGGUCGAGCAGUGAUGACAACAGGGAACACAUCUGACUUUCCUGGGGAUAGAACGGGCAGGACAGAGGCCUGCUGUGGACUAUCCAAUCCAGGAGAGGAAAAUAGGGAAGAGCCACCAUCGAGGUCAAAUAGGUAGUUCUGCAUUUAAUCUUGCCCUUUGCAUGAUGCAGUGAAAUUAAACCAUGUCAAGUCCCUAUCUAUCCUCCUUGAAGUGACAGACACAAAGGAUCUCGGUUGAAAGGCUUUAUGCUUGCACUAGAUUUCCUCUUGCCACUGGUUACUUUUCCCUCUGUUUGUUGGGGUUGGAGCUAAUAAACAGUCAUAACUCAUCACCUUAAUGCUAAAUCCACAGCAUCUUCAUGUAACAUACGCCAGAUGACAAAAUAAAGCUUCAGCUUUCGCAGUUG